AUGGCGCCCCGACACCGGAGGGAGGCUGUGUGAAGCCGGUGGGAACCGGCUGCGGUCGCCCGUCGGGGAGGGAGGACGGAGGGCACGGAGAGCGAGCUGCCGAGUGUGUGCGUGGCGCAGCGAGUGCGGAGCUGAGGGACUCUGCUCCCGGAGGGAAGCUAUGGCGGCCCCGCCCUCCUCGGACGGCACUGGGGGGUGGCGGGGUCGAGUCCCCCGUAGGUGUGCUGGAGGCCUCCGUGUCCUGCCGCGCCCCGGAGCUGCUGGGCGGUGGGCGAAGGCCGCCCUGACGGAUGACUCGCUGGAGGACUGCUUGCUCCCCGCUGGAGUCCUGCUUGCUCCCCGCUGGAGUCCUCAGCGCUCCGGUCCAGCAGCCCGAGUUGGGUGGCGAUGACCAGGAUCGCCGGGGUUAGGGAACCGUUGACCUUCAAGGAUGUGGCUAUCGAUUUUUCUGGAGAGGAAUGGGAAUGCCUGAACUCCGAACAGCAGAAUCUGUAUAAGGAUGUGAUGCUGGAAAACUAUCGGAACCUGCUCUUCUUGGGUCUUGCUGUGUCUAAGCCAUACCUGGUUACCUGUCUGGAGCAAAAGAAAGAGCCCUGGAAUGUAAAGAGGCAAAAGACCUUGAUCUUGUUCCCAGCCGUGUUUCCUCAUUAUAACCAACACUUUUCACCAGAGCAGAACAUAAAGUAUUCAUUCCAGGAACUGAUCGAUGGAAGCCAUAGAAAUGGUGACCUUGACGGUUUGUGCUCCAGAGAAGAAAGGGACCAUAUAGAGGGACGUGAAGUUCCGAAGACGUAUUAUAAUGGGUACAACCCGUUUGUAACAACUGAGAGUAGGAGAAGCUUUACUCCCAGUAGACAGCAAGAACCUGAAAUGGCUCAAGAAAACCCUCAGGCCCUGCCUGUUGCUUGUGAACAGCCGUGUGCUUCUGUCAGUGAACAUCAGAGUCAGUUUUUGAAAUACACUUCUUCUUUCAAAGAUAGUUUGGGAAAUGCAGAGAGGGGUCUAGCCCAUUCUUCAGUUACUGACUUCAGCAAUUUCAAAUGCAGCUUUGGGUUAAGUUUUCAUUCAAACCUUUUUGUUGAUGGGGAACUUAAAAAUAAAGAAAAAAUUUCUAAAUGUAAUCAAUUUGAGAGCUCCAUUAUGAAAAAUUCCUUAAUAUAUAAUCAACAAUUAGGUCUUUCAUGUGCCAAAACACACAAUUUCCAUAAACACGACAGGUUCUUUACACAUCCAGUAUCACCUAAUCAAAAUUCAAGUACAGAUAUUUUAGAAAUCCAGUAUAUAUGCAAAGAAAACAGGAAGGCCUUUACUGAGGAGUCUACCUUAAAUAAUCACCAGGGCCCAUUUAUUGGAGAGACAGUAUAUCAGUGCAAUGGAAAUGACAGUGACUUAAUCCAUGAGCCAAAUCCUGCGGAUCAGCAGUCUGCUCAUUUCCCAAAGGACUUUUACAAAUGCUACAAAUGUGACACCAUCUUUCAUCAAUACUCAGAACUUAUCAUCCACCAGUAUAUCCAUAUUCAAGAUCAGAUUUCCAAGGGUAUGGAUUGUAACACAGCUUUCAAUAAAAAUUCCAGCCUUCCUAGAAAUCAUACCGGAGAAAAACCCUACAAAUGUAAGGAAUGCGGCAAAGCCUUUACCUAUUGUUCCAGCCUUAGACAGCAUCAUAGGAUUCAUUCUGGUGUCAAACAUCACAAAUGUAAAGAAUGUGGCAAAGCCUUCUACCAUAAGUCACUCCUUACGCAACACCAGAGCAUCCAUGCCGGGAAGAAGCCCUACUGCUGUAAAUUUUGUGGCAAAGCAUUUAAUCAGAGAUCAACUGUCACUCAACACCAGAGGAUUCAUACUGGAGAGCGGCCCUACCAUUGUAAAGACUGUGGCAAAGCUUUUCAUCAGAGGUCAAGCCUUAGCCUACACCAGAGAGUUCACACUGGAGAGAAACCCUACAAAUGCAAAGAAUGCGGCAAAGCCUUCAACCGUAAUUCACUCCUUACUCAACACCAGAGGAUUCAUACUGGUGAGAAGCCCUACCAUUGCAAAGAUUGUGGCAAAGCGUUUAAUAAAAAAUCAAGCCUUACUCAACACCAGAGAAUUCAUACCGGAGAGAAACCCUAUUCUUGUAAAGAUUGUGGCAAAGCUUUUAAUCAAAGAUCAAGCCUCAGCCUGCACCAGAGAGGUCACACUGGAGAGAAACCCAAUAAAUGUAACGAAUGUGGCAAAGCCUUUAACCGUGUGUUUUUCCUUACUCAACACCAGAAAAUUCAUACUGGAGAGAAGGCUUACCACUGUAAGGACUGUGGCAAAGCUUUUAAACAGCGCUCCAGCCUCACUCAGCACCAGAGAGUUCAUACCGGGGACAAGCCCUACCACUGUAAGCACUGUGGCAAGGCGUUCACUCAGAGGUCAAGCUUUACUCGGCACCAGAGAAUCCACACUGGAGAGAAGCCCUACAAGUGCCAAGAUUGUGACAAAGCUUUCAGCCGCAACCUGCUUCUAAUCCAACACCAGAGAAUCCACACCGGAGAGAAACCGUACCACUGCCAAGACUGUGGCAGAGCGUUUAAUCAAAGAUCGAGCCUCACUCAGCACCAGAGGGUUCAUACUGGGGACAAGCCCUUCUGUUGUAAAGACUGUGGCAAGGCGUUCACUCAGAGGUCAAGCUUCAACCGACACCAGAGAAUCCACACCGGAGAGAAGCCGUACAAGUGCCAAGGGUGUGAGAGCACCUUCAGCUGCAGCUCCCGCCUCGCUGAGCACCAGUGCACUUCCUUAGGCAGCUGCUUCCAAGACACAAAGUUCCUCCAAUAUAUGUGAGUUUACUGUUCUGUUACAGCCAGCUCGCAGACCGUUGAUUCAUUGUUAAACAUGUGCUGUGUUUUAUAUAAAAGGUACUUCUUUCUGUUGUUGCAAUACCUUACUGGAUUCCCAGAAUCACUUUCUGGUUUAAAUGAGUAAUAGUUUUCUUUCUUGUCAUUUUGUCAACUAGUUCUGUGUUAAUUGCACUCUCAGAUGUAUUUCCCAUAGUGUAAACAUGAAACAUAUAUGCUGUUACACGGAAAAACCCUAUCUGGAAAAAACAAAAAAAAAUACAUUGUCCAAUGUAUACAUAAAACUGUCCACCAGACUUCACACUAGAGUAGUGUUUGGCGGGCACCAUUCAGAAUCUCCCUGUGACUUACAGCCCCAUCUCUAAACUGUGUAGCAUGGAGCUUGGCUGUCUCCUCCAGUCGUGUUGAUCAUCUCUUCUAUGGCAAAGUUAAGAUGAUAUCAUCCAGUAUAGAGCUGCUGCAUGCUGGUUCCACACUUCUAUAAAAUUGAAUUGCACUGGGGAAGGGCUGUUGUGUAACAGCAUGCGUGUGGGAGUCAGCGGGUAGCACUCAGUCCUCCAUUUUGUUUUUGGGGCUGGAACUCGGCUCGGCUCCUCAGGCUUGUCUGCAAGCUCCUUCUCUGAGUCAUCUCCGUGGUGCGACUUCAGGGUCUAGGGUUUCUCUGACUCCACUAGAACCGCCUGCAUGGCGCGGAGCCCUGCUGACGUCCACCCUGCCAUAUGAGAAAGGCAAGCAGGCCACCUACAGCUUCAGCACAGGGCUUAUCAUCCUCCUGCGGUUUGAAGACGUGACCAUACUUAAACAUGAGGACGUACAGAAAAUGUAGGGAAACAUUUUUAUGCUGAGAUUUCAAAACCGACCCCUAGAGCUAAAGGCCUUUUGGGGUAGUCUUUCGUGUUCUCCAGAUCAUGUCUAGUUACGUGUCGCUGCUAGAAGGCUGUGUGUCAGUGUCCUGGUGAUGAGUGCGGAAUCUGUACGGGAAAUAGUGGCAGCACACUGGAUCUGAUCAUUAUCAGGAGGGAGAAGAGCUGAGAGGAGUGAAACUUAGACCCCACCUAGCCCAGGGCUGUACACAACUAACUCAGCUAUAGACUGCGAGUGGUGUUUGCCUCGGCCUAUGGAGGACCAGUCCUGUCACACUGUCGAAGGUUUCUAUUGGGGCCAUUUCAUUCUCUGUGUUGGCCUAGAGUCCAGGAUCACUGCGAACUGUCUCACCGCACCUAGGACCUGCCAGAUUUUUAGGGCUUCAGAUUUUGCACAUUGGUUCAGGCUAACAAUAGGUCAGAAAGUAGUGAGUGAUUCAGAAUUCUUUCACGGAAGCGUUUUUGGUUCUAUGGAGGAAUCAUUCCAGUUUUCUGGUACUCAAAGGAGGAAACCUGUGUCCACCUACAGGCAAAAUACACUCAAUAAAUCAAUUUCUUCACAUAGGUCUCCUUUCCAAGACAACAGCAAGAACAAACACAAAACUGCCAUAGCUGGAAACUUCUAGAGAACGUCAGUGUAAAAUAAGGGGACAGAUAAUUGAACUUAUGAGUUGAUGAACAUGAAGAAGGGAAGGAAUGAUUGACAGAAUUGAAUUUGUUUGGAAAAGAUUGAUUUAUUGUAUUAUACAUUCUGAUGCCCUUCUACAAGGGCAUUUUCUAGAAGGGUUCUUAUUUCUAUUUGUGUUGCUUUUUCCUUGUUGGAGGAUUUGGACGCUAAUAGAACUGUCUUAGAGAAAUUUAAA